AUGCGGCCGAAGCAGGUAGAGGCAAAGCGAGAAAGAACAAUGAAACCUGGGCAGCUCACUCAGGUCCUAAAUUAUUUCCCAUUUACAGGGUCCUGCUUUACAAAACCAGAACUGAUCUUUACAUUGGAACAAGGAGAAGAUCCAACAUUGUUAAAGGAAGAAUUUAUAAACAAAAACUCCCCAGAAAACUUCCAACAUGGUGAACUUAUAGAAAAGACAUCAGGAAACCAAAGCAAACAUCUGUGGCAAGUUUUAUUCAACAACAAAACAGUGCAUGCAGAGCAAGAAAACAUUUCAGGAAAGCAAUGUAAUCUGGGCACGACCAUUUUUCCUUCAAGAAAAAUGCCUUGUGAAUGUGACACUGCAGGACCUACUUACCAGGAUCUCAGCUCCUUGUCUUCACACUGUAAAUAUUCAAUUGAGAAGGCUGAUGAACUUAAUGCAUGUGAGAAAUGGCUCCUCAGUAUUAAGGAUACUAAUACUGGAGAGAAUUUUUUUAAUUAUGAAAAUAUGAAAGCCUUUAGUCAUGUGGAAGAACUUACUCAGUCUCUUUCAAAUCAGCCUUUGGGCCAAGCUUUUGAAUAUAAUGAAUGUGAAGGAGCUUUCCUUGGGAAAGCUGCUCUUGUUACAUCUAAGAAUGCCCACACAAAAAUGAAAUUUUAUAAGUACAAUAAAUUUAGAAAAAACCCAUGUGAUAAAUCAACCCUUACUGUUUCUCAGAGCAUUCAUACAGAGGAAAAUAGUCACUGUGACUUUAAUGGAUAUGAAUGUAAUGCAAAUGAGAAUUUCAGUAGGUUCAUUCAACUUCAAAGAACUAAUACAGGAGGGAUAACUUGCAGCCAAAAACCAUACUUUAGAGACCAUCAGAGAACUCAAACAAGGUUAAAAACCCUUGAAUGUGAGAAAAACUUCAGAAAAUGUGAGAAAAUUCAUGUAGGCAUGAAACCUUUUGAACAUGAAAAGUGUUUCAGCAAUAAUUCAACCCUUCCAGUGCAUCAGAGAACUCACACAACAGAAAAAUCCUCUGAUUAUAAUACAUAUACAAAGACAUUCAGUGACCCGUCAGCUUGCAGAGUACAUCAGAGAACUCCCAUAAAAGUAAAGCCCUAUCAGUGUAAUGAAUGUGGGAAGUUCUGCUCUAGGAAGUCAUACCUUACUGUACAUAGCAAAACUCACACAGGUGAGAAACCCUAUGAAUGUCAUGAAUGUGGGAAGGCUUUCAGUGAGAAGGCACGCCUAAGAAAGCAUCAAAGAACUCACACAGGAGAGAAACCCUAUAAAUGUGAUGGAUGUGAGAAAGCUUUCAGUACAAAGUCAGGCCUAAGAAUACAUCUGAGAACUCACACAGGAGAGAAGCCCUUUGAAUGUAAUGAAUGUGGGAAAGCUUUCAACUAUAAGUCAAUCCUCAUAGUACAUCAGAGAACUCACACCGGGGAGAAACCCUUUGAUUGUAAUGCAUGUGAGAAAUCAUUCAGCCAUAUGUCAGGCCUAAGAAAUCAUCAGAGAACUCACACAGGGGAAAGACCAUAUAAAUGUGAUAAAUGUGGGAAAGCUUUCAAACUGAAGUCAGGCCUAAGAAAGCAUUAUAGAACUCACACAGGGGAGAAACCAUAUAAAUGUGAUCAGUGUGGGAAAGCUUUUGGUCAGAAAUCACAACUCAGAGGACAUGACAGAAUUCAUACAGGAGAGAAACCCUAUACAUGUAAUCAGUGUGGGGAAUCUUUCAGCCAGAAAUCAAACCUCAGAGUGCACCAGAGAACUCACACUGGGGAGAAACCAUAUAAAUGUAAUGAAUGUGGAAAAUCUUUCAGGCAGAAAUCAAAUCUCAGAGGACAUCAGAGAAUUCACACAGGGGAGAAACCAUAUAAAUGUAAUGACUGUGGAAAAGCUUUCAGUGAGAAGUCGGUCCUAAGAAAACAUCAGAGAACUCACACAGGAGAGAAGCCCUAUAAUUGCAACCAAUGUGGGGAAGCUUUCAGCCAAAAAUCAAACCUUAGGGUACAUCAGAGAACUCACACAGGGGAGAGACCCUACAAAUGUAGUGAAUGUGGAAAAAACUUCAGCCAGAAAUCAAGCCUUAAAGAACAUCAAAAAGCCCACAUAGGAGAGAAACCUUAUGAAUAG